UUUUUUUUUUUUCCUUAUUCCUUUUUUUUUUUAUGUCCAAUCCCUUAGAUCAUUGUCUUGAACGUCUUCAUUUAACUGACAAUACCAAACUUCGUGAACGUGCUGGAUAUUAUCAAGGUCAAUGUUCUUCCAAGGUACCAACUAGAACAUUUAGUAAAGGACCAAAUAGUCAACAUGUUAUUAGCAUUCAACUGGCUUAUGAAAGUUUAGGAAUGUUUGGAUGGAAUAGUAAAUUAGCAGCCGAACUCGCGGGUUGUAAUCAAAAGACAUAUGAAUCUACAUUAUCAGCAGUACGAAAACACUUGAAUCUAAAAUCAACCAUUACCUUCGAUACACUUGGUGUUGCCUUUGGAUCCACUAUAUUGGCUACACAUGCUCAAGACUUUUAUACUUUUUUUGUAGAACAACACAUUGCCAAGCUUGGUCCUGCACAACAAGUUUCAGCAAAAGAACAACUGAAUUCGGCAAUAUGGAAGGCUGCUGCUUUUUAUGUAUGCUCAAAAGCAGUUGGAACAAGACUAGAUAAGACGAAACUACAAAAUCUGUGUACCUGCGGUAGCAUAGAAUUCAACAAAAGUGUUACAUUAAUUCAACAGGAAUGUGAAACCAAAUUGGAGCAACUCAAAAAGGAGUUUACGGUAUUGACACGAUCGACCAGAAAAAGAAAAGCAACAGAGUCAGUGAUCGAAGCAACCAAUGACAACGAAGGAUCAAUCAAGGAAAAGAAAACAUCUAAAAAUAACAAUACAACAAAAACAACAAUAAUACCCCAUUCAUCUACGAAUAAUAAGAAGAAAAAUACUGUAUCAGGAAUUGUAUCGAUGAUUAAUUUACAAGAUUACCGUGAUUCCAAGAAAUAUAAGGAUUAUAUUAACUGGGAACAACAAAUCAAGCAACGAUUAUCAACAUAAGUAUUACAUUUAGUGUUACCUUUUAUUCCGUUGUUAUGAAAAAAAAAGAAUAAUAAACAAAACCAUACCUUUUAUGAAAAAUAAUAUGUAUUUUUUGAACAAAGCAGAAGUCAAAUAGAUUUGUAUCUCAGCUUUUUUGGCUUCACCCCUCUUUUUUUUUUCAAAUUUCGGUCAUGGGAUUUUCUCUAUCUUUAU